CACGCAGCAAGGGUCCUUGCUUGCUUCGUGUGUCUUGAGUGUCCACCUUUUUCCAGCCAUGUCGGCAACCGGCAUCGUGUUAGCGGACGGCGGCCCGUCCGACAACGUGGUGAUCGGCACGUACGAGGUGGAGGCCUUCGCGCUCGCCUCUCAGGGCAUGCAGCAGCAAGCGCCGGCGGCCCACGCUCGCGGCGGCGCCAUGAUGAGGCCAUAUGUGCCUGACCCAGUGCACUGGGACGACGGGAAGCGGUGCCUUCUCGUGACGUCGCCGACCGGCGUCUCGCCCGCAGCCAAGAAGGUGACGCGCUGGUCGUCGGCGGAGGACGCGCUCUUUGCCGACCUGGUCAAGGACGAUGUGGGCGGCGACGAGGAGUCUCCAGAGGAGUCGGAGGGCGCGGCGGGCAGCCAUGCGGCGCUCUUCGACCUCAGCGGCAGCCCCUACACCCGCCUGCGGCGCAGCGCGCCCGAGCCACUGCGGAGACAGUACUCGGACGACGGCGAGGGCUCGCUCGAGCCGAGCGAGCGCGAGGGCAGGAAGGACGUGCCCAUGUGGACCGUCGAGGAGGACCUGCUCAUCCUCAAGCUGGUGGAGACGCACGGCAAGAAGUGGUCCAAGAUCGCCGCCCACCUGCCGGGCCGCACCGACAACGGCGUGCGCAACCGCUGGAACCGCAUGGAGAAGGCGCAGACCCUGCGCACAAAGCACGGCGCCGAGCACGGCUACCGCUGCCGCCGGUGCGGGCAGCCCAAGCGCGGGCACAUCUGCGCGGCGCUGACGUCGGGCGACCAGCCCGAGGGCGACAACCUCACCCAAAAGGCGGCGGAGCUCUCCGCCCUCUCCGCCAAGAAGAUGCAGCAGGUCCUCGACGAGAAGGCGCAGGCGGCCAAGGACAACCGCCGCCCGUCGCAGAGCCGGCAGCAGCGCUCCUCCUCGAGCUCGAGCGGCGGCCCGACGCGCGGGACGGCCCCGCCGCUCCGCCACAGCAAGCUCGCCAUUUGGCCUCACUGCCACUGGCUGGCAGUCGCCGCCGCGCUCGCCUCCACGGUCGAGAUCGGCGGCCAGAAAGGCGAGGGCGGCAGCCUCGCCCGCCGCUACGGCCUCGCCCGCCGCUGCAGCUUCGCCUGCCGCUGCAGCCUCGCCCGCCGCUGCAGCCUCGCGGACGAGUCGCGUUGUGGGUACGGACGGGCGCAGGCGGGCCAGGCGACAGUGCAGCACCGGGAGCUCGAGGAAGCCGGCGGCACGAGACUCCACACCGAAGCCUCUCGCGCGCAGGGCGGCGACUCGUGCGAGCCGCCGUCAGCGCUCUCGCAGGCGAUGGCCGUGUUUGUGCUCGGCAACGCGCCGCGGCUCCCCACCCUCGGCACGCCAUUUCGCUUCGAUGGCGGCGGCCGCCCCGUUUCGAUGGAGGCGGCCUUUGCGGCGUGGUGA